GAAGGCUCUGCAAACGCUCUGUUUGCCCAGCAAGGGACUUUGUGUGCUCAGAAGGGGGAUAUUCAGAAGCUGAGCCAGGAUGGACAGUGUGCCCCCAACAAACACGUUGUGCAACUCCCCAAGGGCAGGCUCUGAAAACAGGGAAAAGAAGGGAGAAGCCAUCAGGGCUGGCUGGCUAGGAGGAAACUGUUCACUCCUGGAGCUGGGCAGCACUGACAAGUGAGAAGCAACCUGUUCCAACAACACAUCAGCUAUUCUUCUCCAGCUCAAAGCAUCCUGUGGAGUAAUUGGAUCAGCUCUGCACUGGCAGAGCUUUGUAUGAAUCAACAUGGAAAGGAAUUUUAAAAAUGUUUUGGUUAUUUCUUUUGGAUUUUUACUUCUCUUCACUGCCUAUGGAGGACUCCAGAGCCUACAGAGCAGUCUCCACUCAGAAGAAGGCCUGGGUGUUGCUUCCUUAAGUGUUCUCUAUGCUGCCCUCAUCUUCUCCUCCAUGUUCCUCCCUCCAAUCCUCAUCAAGAAGCUGGGCUGCAAGUGGACCAUUGCAGGCUCCAUGUGCUGCUACAUCACCUUCUCCUUAGGGAACUUCAGUGCUAGCUGGUACACCCUAAUCCCUACAUCUGUGAUCCUGGGCUUAGGAGGAGCACCACUCUGGUCUGCCAAAUGCACUUACCUCACCAUUGCUGGCAAUGCAUAUGCUGAGAAAGCAAAAAGGAGUGGGAAAGACAUCAUCAACCAAUACUUCGGGGUCUUCUUUCUGAUAUUUCAGUCCUCUGGCAUCUGGGGAAAUCUGAUCUCGUCCUUGAUAUUUAGCCAAGCUUCCAACAAAGUGGAACUACCAGAAGAAAACCUGGAAUGCUGUGGAGCAUACGACUGCACAACUGGUACCAGUAAUGCUACUGGGUCAGCAGAACCCUCCAGCUCUUUAAUCUACACCCUGCUAGGGAUCUACACAGCUAGUGGUGUGCUAGCUGUGUUGCUGAUUGUUAUAUUUCUGGACCAGAUCAAAUCUGACCAAGCAGAGGCUGAAAAAGAAAGACUAGAGGCACCAUCCUUUUGGGCUACGUUCCUAGCAACUUUCCAGCAGCUUAAAGACAAAAGACAGUGCCUGCUGAUCCCUCUGACAAUGUACAGUGGGUUUGAGCAGGCAUUUCUGUCUGGUGAUUACACAAAGACAUAUGUGACCUGUGCCCUGGGGAUCCAUUACGUGGGGUAUGUGAUGAUCUGCUUUUCAGCUGUCAACUCCCUCUGCUCCCUGCUCUUUGGAAAGAUCUCUCAGUUCACGGGUAGAAAACUUCUCUUUGCUCUAGCCACCAUCACAAAUGCUGCCUGCAUAACAGCACUACUGCUGUGGAAACCUCAUCCUAAGCAGCUUGCUGUGUUUUUUGUGUUCCCUGCUCUUUGGGGCCUAUCUGAUGCUGUUUGGCAGACACAAACCAAUGGACUCUAUGGGGCUUUAUUUGAGAAGCACAAGGAGGCUGCCUUUGCCAACUACCGCCUGUGGGAGUCCCUGGGGUUUGUCAUUGCCUUUGGUUACAGCCCCAGGCUGCAGGUCCACACCAAACUCUACAUUUUGCUGGCUGUCCUUGCCCUCGCAGCAGUGAUGUACGGAGUGGUUGAGCACCUGGAAGAGAGGAGCUCCCCCAGGGCACCUCCUGCUGCUGCUGCUGAGAAGGAAAAUGUGGGACCCCUCACCCAGGAUACACACAUGUAAGCCAAGAAGGGGAGAAAGAUGAAGGCAAAAGAGCCUAAAGGCACGAGUUUAAGGCCAGAAAAAUGCACGUCUCAGGAGUAAAAUCUGUUUUGAUGUCUCUUCAUUUGCCUUCACCCUUCCACACAGGGGAAGAACUAAAUGUUUUCAUUUUUUUUUUUUAAUUCUUAAUAAAUGUCACCAAGACGCUUGAAGUCCUCA